CCGCGCAGCGCGCUCCGCUAGAGCUCGUGUGUGUGGUGGAGCGACCUCACGAAGAGGCAAGGGAAGAACGUCAAACGUACAGCGCUGACCGAGGAGUCUAGCCGAGGAGAAAACGGAGGAAAAACAUAUGAAAAUAUGAACGGAGUGAAACUGCUGAAAGAUCUUUAUGUUGGGAAAUGUAGUUGUGAAACGAAUCAAAGUAAUACACUAUAAGGAUAUCUGCAAGGACUAUUUACAACUGAAAGUAAAGUGCACAGAAAUAUUGUCUCCAGCUUUUUUUCUGAAGAAAAUACCGGGAAUGGAAUGGGGGAAUUUGCAUCUUGCCAAGGCAGCAGGUAUGGGAUGGAAGAUCUGACGAGAGGAGGAAAGGACAGUGAAUGAAGACCGUAAAGAAAGGAAAUAACGCAACUUUUUAUUUUGUACUUUUGUGUUUUAUCUGCUCAGCUCCUUUAUCCAGACUGAUAAGUAGAUCUAUGGCUGCUGGACUGUUGGGCUGAGAGACGGGAUUACAGGGCGAAGGGAAGACGGGAAGACUGGGGGAAGACAGGGGAGAAAGGGGAGUACAGGGGAAGACUGGGGAAGACAGGGGAAAACAGGGUAGACAGGGGAAAACGGGAAGACAGGGAGAGGAAAAGAAAGGCUGUGUGAGCCGGGUAGGAGACCCGACGUGUAUGUUGGUGACUUGCAGUCGUUGCUGAGACUCAGAAGGACCAUGUGGUUUUUGCCAAGGAGAAACCGUAUCCUCUCCUCUCAGCAUCAGGACCAUGGAGACCGGCAUGGUGCCCACAUACCCAAAUCCAUCUCCAGCCUCAGCAUCACCGCGUCCUUCUGGAUCUUAACUUUUUCCUGGUGCUUGGUGGCCGUCCGAGGCCAGGCCUACCACCCCACUGUGAACACGCAGUAUGGGAAACUCCGGGGGGUGAGAGUGCCCCUACCCAGUGAGAUACUGGGACCAGUGGACCAGUAUUUGGGGGUCCCAUAUGCAGCUUCCCCAGUGGGGGAGAAACGCUUCCUGCCCCCCGAGCCGCCGUCCUCCUGGUCGGGGAUAAAGAACGCCACCCACUUUGCCCCCGUUUGCCCCCAGAAUAUUCACAACGCUGUGCCAGAGAUUAUGAUGCCCAUAUGGUUCUCCUUCAGCCUGGACAUAGUGGCGUCUUACAUACAGGAUCAAAACGAGGACUGUUUGUAUCUAAACAUCUACGUUCCAACGGAGGAUGUCAAAAGAAUAUCCAAGGAAUGUGCCAGGAAACCCAACAAGAAAAUGUGUAGAAAAGGAGGGGCACAAGGCAAAAAACAGCCCGAGGAUUUAUCGGAUAACGACGGUGACGAAGACGAAGACAUUCGAGACACCGGGGCCAAACCGGUGAUGGUGUACAUCCACGGGGGAUCCUACAUGGAGGGGACCGGGAAUAUGAUCGACGGGAGCAUCCUGGCCAGCUACGGGAACGUCAUCGUGAUCACCCUGAACUACCGCGUCGGAGUACUAGGGUUCCUGUCUACAGGGGACCAGGCAGCUAAGGGGAACUACGGCCUACUGGACCAGAUCCAGGCUCUGAGGUGGAUCAGUGAGAACAUUGGAUACUUCGGAGGAGACUCCAACCGUAUCACAGUGUUCGGAUCUGGGAUAGGAGCGUCCUGUGUCAGCCUGCUCACCCUCUCACACCACUCUGAAGGUCUGUUUCACCGUGCCAUCAUCCAGAGUGGCUCAGCCCUGUCCAGCUGGGCGGUCAACUACCAGCCUGUUAAGUACACCCGUCUGCUGUCUGAGAAGGUGGGCUGUAACGUUCUGGAUACCCUGGACAUGGUGGACUGUCUGAGGAAGAAGAGUGCCAGGGAGCUGGUACAGCAGGACAUCCAGCCAGCACGGUACCACGUAGCCUUCGGACCGGUUAUAGACGGAGACGUCAUACCUGAUGAUCCAGAGAUCCUCAUGGAGCAGGGAGAGUUCCUGAAUUAUGACAUCAUGCUGGGAGUCAACCAGGGGGAGGGGCUUCGCUUUGUGGACAACGUGGUCGACUCAGAGGACGGCAUCUCGGGCAACGACUUUGACUUCUCAGUGUCGGACUUUGUUGACAGCCUCUACGGUUACCCAGAAGGCAAAGACACUCUGAGGGAGACCAUCAAGUUCAUGUACACGGACUGGGCGGACCGCGACAACCCCGAGACACGACGCAAGACGCUGGUCGCUCUGUUCACCGACCACCAGUGGGUGGAGCCGUCGGUAGUGACGGCGGACCUCCACGCCCGUUACGGCUCGCCAACGUACUUCUACGCCUUCUACCACCACUGCCAGAGUCUGAUGAAGCCGGCCUGGUCGGACGCAGCCCACGGGGACGAGGUGCCCUACGUGUUCGGGAUCCCCAUGAUCGGCCCCACAGACCUGUUCCCCUGUAACUUCUCCAAGAACGACAUCAUGCUCAGUGCUGUGGUGAUGACCUAUUGGACUAACUUCGCCAAGACCGGGGACCCCAACAAGCCUGUUCCUCAGGACACUAAGUUCAUCCACACUAAGGCUAACCGCUUCGAGGAGGUAGCCUGGUCUAAGUACAACCCCCAGGAUCAGCUGUACCUCCAUAUCGGCCUGAAGCCCCGCGUCAGGGACCACUACCGUGCCACCAAGGUGGCCUUCUGGAAACACCUGGUGCCCCACUUGUACAACCUCCACGACAUGUUCCACUACACCUCUACCACCACCAAGGUCCCCCCGUCCGAGACGACCCAGAACGCCCUGUCCACUAAGAAGACGUGGCCCUUCAACACCAAGCGGCCCCCCAUGUCCCCGGCCUACAACAACGAGGAUAAUGAGGCGUGGAACGGAGACGAGGAGACCGGCCCGUUGGUCAUAGAGAAUCCCAGGGACUACUCUACGGAGCUCAGCGUCACCAUCGCCGUGGGAGCCUCGCUGCUCUUCCUCAACGUUCUAGCCUUCGCAGCGCUUUACUACCGGAAGGAUAAACGGAGGGAGGCCUUGGGAGGUCGCCGUGGUCAACCCAGCCCACAGACCCGCCGCGGCCAGGCUACGUCCAACGACAUCGGUCACCACCAGGGUCCCAACGAGGAGGAGAUCAUGUCCCUGCAGAUCAACCAGACGCACCACGAGUGUGAGGCGAUGGGGGUGGGGAACCCGGGGAAUGACGGAGGGCUGCGUCUGGCCUCGCUUCCCGACUACACUCUGACCCUGCGGAGGUCACCGGACGACAUCCCUCUGAUGACCCCCAAUACCAUCACCAUGAUCCCAAACUCUCUGGUGGGGAUGCCCAACCUUCACCCGUACAACACUUUCACAGCCGGGUUCAACUCCACCGGCCUGCCCCACUCCCACUCCACCACCCGGGUAUAGCUUUACGGAGGAGAGGGAUGGUGGAGGAGAGGAGAGGGUGAUGGAGCAGGAGAAGAGGAUUCUGUUUUAUAAAUAUCACAGGGAAAGGGU